AUGGUUGGGCUUGGAUCAUUGGUCGUCCGGACGAAGUCAAGAAGGGCUCGACCCCCAGGGCAUGGCCCAACAUUCAUCAAGAUCUGGAAAGGUAAAUCUGUGCAAGGAUUCAAACCAGAUCCAUACGUCGCAACAGUGCUGAAUUGUGCCAUGUGGGUGUUCUAUGGUCUUCCCAUUGUUCAUCCUGACAGCCUUCUGGUCUUCACUAUUAAUGGCAUAGGGUUCGUCAUUGAAAUCGCCUAUAUCACCAUCUUCCUCCUCUUCUCCAAUUGGGCCAUGCGCGUUCCAAAUGGUUUGGGAACGUUGUCGGGAUUAGUUCAGCUUGUUCUUUAUGCGACUUAUUACAAGACGACAAACUGGGACGAGGAUGAGAUGUGGACGGAGAUUGAACUCCCGACGGCUCAUUCUUCCGGUCAUAUCUGA